GGUCACGUGACAGGCGGACAGGGUCAGGCGCUGCUGUUGCGGGCUGCCUCAGGGGGAGCCACGUGGGGUGAGUCAGCGCCGGGCGGGGGCCGCCCGCAGAUAAGGAGGGAGGCGCCGGGGGGCUGCGGCGUUUGCACGCAGGGGCCGGCGGAGCGAGGGGUUCCUCGGGUGAAGAGUACUGCUUUGUGGCCAAGAUGUGGCAGUCUGUAUCUGCCCUGUGUGUCCUGGUGACCCUCGUGAGUGCCCGCAGUGUCCCCUACUUUGCUCCCCUCUCGCAUGAUUUGGUCAACUACAUCAACAAACUCAACACUACAUGGCAGGCUGGGCACAAUUUCCACAAUACUGACAUGAGUUAUGUGAAGAAACUGUGUGGUACAUUCCUGCAUGGGCCCAAACUGCCAGUGAGGACUGAGUUUGCUGGAGAGAUGAACUUGCCGGACAGCUUUGACUCCCGGGACCAGUGGCCAAAUUGUCCAACCAUUAAUGAGAUCAGAGACCAGGGCUCUUGUGGCUCUUGUUGGGCGUUUGGUGCGGUGGAGGCCAUUUCGGACAGAGUCUGCGUGCACACCAACGGCAAGAUCAACGUGGAAAUCUCGGCGGAAGAUCUCCUGUCUUGUUGUGGCUUCAAGUGUGGGAUGGGGUGUAAUGGCGGCUACCCUUCUGGUGCGUGGGGGUAUUGGACUGAGGAAGGCCUGGUGUCUGGCGGGCUCUAUGACUCCCAUAUAGGCUGCAGACCAUAUUCCAUCCCUCCAUGCGAGCACCACAUCAAUGGGUCACGCCCCCCGUGCACUGGGGAGCAAGGGGACACCCCCAGGUGCGACAGACACUGUGAAGCAGGCUACUCGCCUUCAUAUGAGAGUGACAAGCACUUCGGAGCUACAUCGUACAAAGUCCCUUCCAGUGAGAAGGAGAUAAUGGCUGAGAUCUACAAAAAUGGCCCAGUAGAGGGAGCGUUUGCCGUGUACGAGGACUUCCUCAUGUACAAGUCGGGUGUUUACCAGCAUGUCUCCGGGGGAGAGGUUGGUGGCCAUGCUAUCAGAAUCCUUGGCUGGGGCGUAGAAAAUGGCACUCCUUACUGGCUGGCUGCGAAUUCCUGGAACACUGACUGGGGUGACAAUGGUUUCUUUAAAAUCCUCCGAGGGCAGGACCACUGUGGAAUCGAAUCCGAGAUAGUGGCUGGCAUCCCCAAAACAGAACUGUACUGGAAGAGGAUCUAACUCCCUGGCUUGGGUGCAGCUGAAGAGAUCAAAUCACACCUCUGAUUCUUAUAAGCAGGCACAGAGCCUGCACUCUUGAGACUAUGGUUGAAGCUACAUAUUAAAGCCUUUUAUCUUGUUUA